AAAAUAUCAAAUCAUAAUUAAGUUACUACAUUAAUUUCCUUUAAAACCAGAGUAUGUAAAUAAUAUCAAGUUUUUUAUAUUAAUUCUACAUUAUGAACUAUAUAUAUAGCCUGAUGCAUCGUUUCAUACCUCUAUAUUGUUGACCGCUCAAGAAGCACACUUCUUUUCAUGCAGGUAACAUUAGUUACUUCUACGGACUUUGAAUUUUGUUUUUUUCGCUGCGUAGGUGUGUGUAUGUGCAUGUUUACAGAUACAGAACUCCAAAUCGGAAUGUGUUUUUGUUGUUGCGUAUUUUAGUUUAUUUUUAAUCCCACAAAAAUAAGGGGGCGGGGGGGGGGGGGUAGAAUCUUGUGUCAGCAAGUGGGGGUAUUACUCUCAUCCUCUGCGGUUGCAACGCCCAUGAUCUUUACUACCACUGCAUGUCUGCCUGCAGCCUGAUGUGUGUGUGAGUGUGAGUGUGUCAUGUGUUGCUCUGUAUACAUGUAGAAUAUCAAUUUGUGAAGGUUGACGGGUAAGCGUGUACCAACUAGUCAGCAUCAGCAAUCACAACCCAUAAACAGAAGUAAUUUCAACAGAAUCAUCCAAAACUAAGCCUGUCUGUGUGUGUGUUAGAGAGAGAGAGAGAGAGAGCGAGAGAGCGAGAGGGGGGGGGGGGGAGGAAGAGAGCAAGACAGCAAGACAGAGGGAGGGAGAUGUAGAGCCAACCACUUUGCUGACAGGAAUCCAUACAGCCUGAGGAGAAAGCCAGCGCAUCCCCGUUACUAGAGGUCCUAUAUGAGUAUUGAUCUGGGCCCUGCCUAGUCUCCUGGGGCAAAAAGCAAAUGGAAAACAGAAUCCUAUAGCGUCUGCUGAGAAUUUGUUGCUGAGAAUUGUCGCCUAUCUUUUUGCAAAAUCGGAACUCUUCAAAUAUAAGUUAUGCUGUAACUGGGGGGGAAAUGUCCUUUACCGUGCCAAAUAUCAUUGGUGAUGUGCGCGUUGUGUUGGCCUAACACAACUAUUUCUCUUCAGAAGGAGUUUUCGUGACAAAUCUGAUGUACUUCUCUAUAAUUAUUUGACUACCCUUUCCCACAAAAUGAUCCACUGCGCGCUUUUUGUAGUCGGACUAAUUCUUCUCAGCAUCUCCGCGGCGAUCCCUGCCCCAACUACGGACAAGUACUCCCGUGGAGUAGACUGGUUGAGCCGCUAUGGCUACUUGCCCCCUCCAGAUGUGCGGUCAGGGAGACUCCACACCAAGGACACCAUUGAGAGAGCUCUACGAGAGAUGCAGCGCUUCGCUGGGCUGGAGGAAACAGGAACUCUGGACAGGGCCACCUCUGCUCUCAUGGACAAACCUCGCUGUUCUUUACCAGACAUCAUUGGCACUGAAGACCUGCUGCGGAGAAGAAGGAGAAGGAAGAGGAAGAAGAGAUAUAGUCUGACAGGCCUUAGUUGGCCUAAAACAGACAUUACAUGGAGUGUGCUGAACUUCCCGUCCCCCUCUCGCUCCUCCUGGCUGCGUCCAGAGUCGGUGGAGAUACUCCUGACGUACGCCCUGCGAGCCUGGGGUGACCACACACCCCUGCAAUUCCACCUGCUCCACCCUACACCUACACCGAGCGGCUCGCGCCAGGAUGUGGACAUUGAGGUGUCCUUCCCGCGCGGCUACCAUGAUGAUGGAUACCCCUUCGAUGGCCGUGGGGGAACGCUAGCACAUGCCUUCUUCCCUGGGACAGGGGACAUGGCGGGGAACACACACUUUGAUGAUGGGGAACACUGGAGCCAUGGAGAUGUUAAUGGAACCACAGACCUGUUUGCGGUGGCCGUCCAUGAGUUUGGCCAUGCGUUGGGUCUCUCCCACUCUUCCACCAUCCCCUCCAUCAUGAGGCCGUACUAUCAGGGCUCAGUAGGAGACUUCCGCAGCUACACACUACCCAGAGAUGACCAGCUGGGGAUACAGGCCGUGUAUGGAAGAAGUGUUUUAACACUGCCUACACCUGUGAUGCCGAAGCUGCCAUCCAUUCCCAGUUUUCUGCCUCCGAGACCAUCUGAUCAUCCAGUGCCUGCCCUACCUGAUCGCUGUGAGGGCGGUUAUGAUGCCAUAGCCAAUAUCAGAGGAGAGGUCUUCUUUUUCAGGGGUAAAUUCUUCUGGCGGGUCCAGCACUCAGGCUCUCUGUUGUCCUUCAUCCCUGCAUUGAUUGAAAACUUCUGGAUUGGUCUUCCUCCCACUAUGGAGAGAAUUGACACUGUCUAUGAGAGGGCCAAUGGAAAUAUUGUUUUUUUCAUCGGUGAUCAGUACUGGGUGUUCAAGGACAGGACAGCCCUCCCUGACUACCCCCGUCCCCUGGCUGACUGGGGCAUGCAGAACAUGGCAGGGCAUCUCCCUACCAAACUGGAGGCUGCAUUCGUGUGGGCCCACAAUGGGAAAACCUACCUGUUCAGUGGUGGAGAGUUCUGGAGGUUUGACGAGAGGGGUACAGGUAUGAGACAGGAGGUGGGGUACCCCAGAUCAGCUUCACUUUGGACAGGGGUGCCUGCAGAUCCGGAUGACAUCAUCAGCUGGGGGGAUGGAGACUCUUAUUUCUUCAAGGGCUCCUCCUACUGGGUGCUUAAAAGAGGAGGGUUGAAUGAAGGACCCAUCAAGGCUAAAUCCACUGCAGCUGAUUGGAUGAGAUGUGACCCUCCAGUUACAGAGCUCACCCCCACAACCAAGGUGUCUGUGCCCUGCUGCUGUUCCAGAGGCCUGGCUCUCAUCACCACAGCCCUGCACUGGAUCACCACAGCACUGCCCCUGGCAGUCAUCUGCCAUAUUGUACUAUUUGGAUUCUAAGCAAGACAAUCAAGACAAGCACACCUAUAUAUCUAAAAUGUAAACAAUGAUAUUGCGGACUGUUGAAUACAGACACCAGCAGAUAUGAGAGAAUAACGACCAUUGUAGGAUGACAAAUAUCCAAUAAAAUACCACCUCAUAUUCCAA